AUGCCGGCAUCCCGUCUACGAAACCGACAAGACUCUCCGCCCUCGACUCUGUCUGCCUCGCCUGCGCCUGCGGCCUCCACCGGCCAAACGGCAGAUACCGCUGCUGCCUCGUCUCUCUCGCCCACUCAGAGCGACAGCUCAUCUCCGUCCGCUGCCCAAACGGCAUUGUCCGGAACAGCAGCCGGCGCUGUUCCCUCUGCUUCCGCUCCCGCAUCGGCGACGGCGGCGGUAACGGCAACAGCAACGGCAGCGGCGCCAGCCGAUUCGCUCGAUGAUUUUGGCAUCAGGAUCCUUCUCUAUGGAUUCCUGCCGCUUCUGGGCCUGGGGCUGCUUGUCUUCUUGCUGUUGCUCGCAUUCCGCUACUGGCGACAGCAGAACCGGGUGUCUUCCGGGUCCGGACGGCGCAUGCCCGCACCAGGAUCAAAAAAGCUUGUCGAUAUCGAAGGCAGUGCCGGCGAGCCCCCGGUCGGCUCUGGAGUUCGGAUUCAAACGUCUGCUGCUUCCAGUGGCCGCGACGAUGCCCAGUCGAGAUUCGGACCCGCCGAUCAUCCGCCGAUCACCCGCCUCAGCAUCGCACCCUCGUCGGUGAUGGACGGCUCCGUCCCCGAAUAUUCGCAAUGGCUGGAGCCGGCACAGAGCAGCAUAUCGUCGUCGACUCCGCUGCAUGGCCGGGUAUUUGUGCCUCCCAGGCCCUCAAUCGACAUUGGCCAGGCUGCACCACCAAGCAUACCGAUGACGACCCUCCUUCCUUUGAACGGCGCGGCCGCUGCUGCCCCUUCGCAACAAACCGGCGGCAGUCUGCGCUUCAUUCGAGAUCCGAUCAGCAAGGUGAUUCGGCAGGUAUCGGACGACCCCACUCCUGUUGCUCUGACAACAGUGGUGCCGCCAGAUACAAGCUCGACCGAGGCAGGCUCCCGAGGCAAGAAUGCCAGCAAGAAGCAGCCGCCUCCUCCACCGAUCGUCACUACCGUCUCGCAGAAGCCGCAGAAUCUCCAGCGCGGGGCGCUUGCUUCCCGGCCCCCUGUCGGCCCCCGGGCUGCAGAGGCCGGCACAGACCCGAAGCCCGUCGGCAAUGUUGCCGGAGCCAAGGGCCAGCUGCUGUCGCCCAAGCACUACCGAUCCGAGUCCGCCAAUACUCUUCUGUCGACUCGAUCCGAGCUCAAGCAAGACUGGAAGCUUGGCAACAUGAAGUUCCAGACACAGGAGCAGAAGCUGGCCGAGAGGGAAGCUCAGGAGCGCGAAGAGCAGCAGAAGCGUAUCUUUCAGCGGCAGCAGACGAUUGUGCAGCCGCCAAGUCCCUUUGGCGAGCCAGCAGCUGUUCGAGAGAGCGUCAUUUCGAUUGUGCAUCCCCAGCCUCUCAGUCCUGCCAAUGUCGAUCUGGGUACCGACGGCGCUGCGCAUUGGAGUCCAAACGAAGUGCCCAAGACUGGGGAUCAGGCCUUCUCGCUGGGCAACAAGGGACUCUGGUAG